GAGUGGGUUGGAGUGUGUAGAGCGCCGCGCGUCGGCCAGUGGCGCUCGGAGCCGGCCACCGGCAGCAGCGCGAAGAAGCCCGAGUGCCUCGUCAAGGGCCAUGGAGGUGACCCGAGCCGUCUGCCUGGUGACGCUCGUGCUGUGGACCUCGUCCGUCUCAGUGCUGUGCCAGCAGCAGCGGUUCCGGGUGCGACCGUCCAACGUCAGCGUGGUGGAGGGAGACAGCGCCAUCUUGCGCUGUGAGGUGCACCACCAGGUCGGCCAGCUGCAGUGGGCCAAGGACGGGUUCGCCCUCGGUUAUUCGCGCUCCCUUCCUGGGUACUCAAGAUACCGCAUGCUGGGCGACCCGGGGUCAGGAGUGCAUGACCUCGAGGUCACCAACGUGAGCCUGGACGAUGACGGCCGGUUCCAGUGCCAGGUCUCACCGAACAGGGGGCAGGCGGCCAUCAGGGCUGACGCUCUGCUCACCGUACUCGUGAAGCCGAAGUCUGUUCGAGCCAGUUCCACUGCACGCUCCCCCAGGGCAGGGCUGUAUGAGGUCAGGGAGGGCAGUCAGCUGACGCUGAAAUGUGACGUCACUGGAGCACGGCCAGCUGCCAGCAUUCGGUGGCAAAGGAAUGGUGUCGACAUAGAACUAGGACAAGAGGACUCGUUCUCCGGCUGGGGCAGUCCCCGCCGUAACGACACGACCUCGGUGGUGACACUGCAGCCCACUGCUGCCGAUGAUGGUGCCGGCUACUCGUGUGUGGCCAAACACCCGGCCAUCCGACCGGCCGAGCAGCGCCAGCUCAACUCGACCGUGCGACUUUCCGUCCUCUACCCCCCGGGAGCUCCAACAAUCGAAGGUCACUCAGAGGGCGAGUGGGUCAGGAUCGGCGAGCAGAAGACGCUGACGUGUGUCUCGCGCGGCGGCAACCCCCCGGCCGAGAUCGUCUGGUACAAGGACGACCAGCCAGUCACCUUCAAGUAUCGCACGCUCGGCGGCCGCGCCAUGGCGCAGCUGUCCUUCACCGUCGAGGCGGCUGAUCUGGACGUCAUCUACCGUUGCCAAGCCAGCUCCAGCAUGCACCCGGCGCCCAUGGUGGCGCUGGCCCAGAUGAACGUGCAAUUCGGUCCGGAGAGGGUGACAGUGUCCGGCACGAGCGAGGCGAAAGGCGGAGAUAUGGUGCACAUGACCUGUGUGACCUCUGGCAGUAACCCUCCGGCAAACAUUACCUGGGUCAUCAACGGCAGGACAAUGAUGAAUACCAGCCAGUCGAGGCAACCCCAUCCGAGCGGCGGCUGGGUGGCCACCUCAAACAUCUCCACCACCGUCCCUCCCGGCAUGGAGAAGAACAUGGACAUCUUGUGCUACGCUCUCAAUCCCAAGCUGGGCACGACGAAAGUUGGAUCCACGGAAGUCACCGUCCUGCACCCUCCGAAGCCGCCGAGCAUCCUCGGCUACGAGCCGGGCACGUACCUGCGGGCUGGGGAGCGGGUGUCGCUCUCAUGCGUCUCCCAGGGCGGCAACCCGCCGGCCACCCUGACCUGGUACAGCGGCGACGUCGAGCGGCCGUCGCCGACCACCGUCGAGGACAACGUGGCCCGGAGCGUCAUCACGUUUGAGGUGGACCACAAGGACAACGGCAGGGUGUACAAGUGCGACAGCCAAAACUCGGCGGGCAGCGGCGUACAGUCUGCCGGCAUCACCCUGAACGUGUAUUUUCCAACGAGCAGCCUGAAGCUGGAGGUUCGUCCGGAGCGUCUGAGGGCGGGCAGUCAGGCGAUCCUGACCUGUGAGUCCCGACCCUCCUACCCGGCCGCUGAUCUCACCUGGUGGCGGGACAACGCCCAGGUCACCGAUGGAGUCACGGCGCUAGAAACGUUCCCGGCCGGAAGCCAUGGCGGCUCGUCCAGCCGGGUGCAGUUGCGGAAGAACCUGACGUGGUCCGACGACGGCGCCGUCUACCAAUGCCGAGCCGCCGUCACUGUACUCUCCGGCAGACUACAAGAGGAGAUCACGCUUGAAGUGACAUACGCACCAACGUUUUUCAAGAGCCUGUAUACCGAAGACAUACGGGUGGGCGAAUCCCGUCUGAUCAACCUCACAGCUAGAGCCAAUCCUGGCGACACCACGUACCGCUGGUACCGUGUGUCGCCAAUAGAUGCCGCUAGGAUCAUGCCUGAAGGGCCACUGCUCAACAUAUCGAAGGUGGUGAAGAAGGAUGCCGGGUGGUAUUACCUCGAAGCCGCCAACGCAGAGGGAAACACCAGUGUCCGCGUCAACAUCAACGUACAAUACGCUCCGGAGAUUUUGUCCGUCUCGGAGGUAUCACUGGUCUCUCCGGGAGACGACGGCGUCCUGGAGUGUGCGGCAGACGCGAACCCCAGCACGGCCGACAUGAUCACCUGGCACCGGGCCGGCUUCAACUUGAGCUCCAACAGGUCCAAGAUGUUCUACAGCAACGGCACCUCGUACCUCACGCUCUACAACGUCACCAAGGAGGAUAUUGGCGAGUUCCAGUGUCGGGCCAACAACGCCAUCGGAGAGGCCUCCACCAUAGCAAGGCUGCUUGUCAAGCACGCGCCAGAGAUGGACACGAGUCCCCAGUUCCGGGCAGCGGCUGCCGCGCCGGGUGGCACCGCCCACUUGACGUGCCGUGCCCGAGGCGCCCCGAACGUCACGUUCGAGUGGCGCAGGGACGACUCUGCCGUCACGCCCUCCGCCAACAGCGACAAGUACCGGAUGCGAUACUCCCAGGUUGAUCUGGUGACCUGGCAGUCGGUGCUCGAGAUCAAGGACGUGCAGGCCUCGGACUACGCCACGUACGGGUGUGUGGCUCACAAUGAGCUCAGCUCCAGACGUCAGGAGCUGGUGCUGGGCCGUCCCAGCUCCCCUGACCCGCCGACGGGGCUGAAGGUGGUCAACGUGUCCCACGACACGGCCACACUCUCCUGGUCUGCAGGAUUCGAUGGAGGAAUGCCGCAGAUGUAUACCGUGCGCUACAAAACAUCGAGUGGUGGUGAAUUCCUCUACGACGACGUCCAGCCAGAGAACACCACGCUUUUCACCGUGAGGGAUCUCCUACCCAGCACUGAUUAUAGCUUUGCCGUCAUGGCAUACAACGAACUCGGACAGAGUGGCUACUCAAACACGGCCGCUACCACGAAAACGACUGGUGACCCUGACACCGCCGAGCUGGUGGUCCUCGAGGAGGGUCGGCUGCCCUGGAUCGUCAUCAUCGUGGUCUCUUCUGUGGGAGGGCUCCUGCUUCUUCUGAACGUCGUGCUUGUCGUGUUCUUCAUACGACGACGAAUGCAGAGAGCAAAGCAGAAAGUCGUGGAGUCAGCUUCGGCCAGCGAGGCGAGCACCAAGUCCGAGACACUUCACAUGUACGGCAACGAGACCGUCAGCUCCGUGUCGGUGAAGAGCGGCGAGAGCUACACCCGCGAGGACAGCGUGGAGGACUAUGACGAUGACGGCAGCAAGCGGCGGUACGACGCGUACCUGCGGGACGCGCCGAUCGAGCCACCAGCCGAGUACACCAACCACGUGCGGCCGGCAUCGCGCGCCGACUUCGACCCGGACCAGUACGCCGAUGCGCUCCGGCGAAACUCGUACGCCUGCACCAUAGGGUCUGGCGUGGAGCCGAUGAGUAACCAGUUCAGCAACUACACGACCCAGCCGCCACGCGCUCCCCACUUCCGCUCGCCCCAGUUUAACACGCCCACGCCCGACCUGCUGCACUCGAGCGGCCCCAGCGGUGUGAAAGGCUCGGUGCCGCAGCUCAGUCUGCAGUCCACCUACUACCCAGAGACGCGCCACUACUCGACGCUGCCCCACCAGCGGCCGCCGUCGACCAAGCCGCUCUCCAGCUUCGGCCGGCUGGCCAGCCCGCCGCCGCCGUCCAUACCGGAGGCGACGCUCGAGCACCGCGGUCACCUGGUGUAGCCGCCACAUCACGUGAUCUGCUCUCGGCUGUGAUACACGGACGCGUGCGGGCGAACGGCCCCGACCGGUAGGCAGUGCCUCCGGACACCAGUGACGCCGUGGUGGACCAAUGCACUCACUCGGGCCGCCCAGCGUCCCGUGCCCCCCCCCCCCCCUCCCCUCCGACCCCACGCGCGCGGAGACCGAGAACGACCGGUGGUUGUGCUGGGCUCCAUUCGUGGGGUUUCCUAGCUGGACUCGUCGCCACCGCGCUCGGCGUGGUAUGCUGCGGCGACCUCCGACGAUGGUCGCCCGCCGCUGUUGAUUCGUGUCAGUAGGCCGCGUGUUCGCUGUUAGCUGCCGCCGCUCGCCGUCAGCCGUCACCCGCCCGCUCAGCCACUCAUCGUGUAUGUAAACUCACCUCACUCAUCAGCGCUCUAGUCAGCGGCGCGCACGCGGCGACGGGCCGCCUCCGCGGCAGGCGGCGGGUCUCCCCACCGCCGUCACACUUCCACCAUAGCGUCUGUGUGCGCAUGCGUCGUACUGCUUUGUAAUCGCGAUGUGUUUGUACGGAGAAAAUACAAAAUGCUGAUUGUU